GCAGCGGCGGCCGGGGAGGCGUAGGAGGCGCUCAGACCUCUGUCUUCGCGGCGGCCCUGGGAAAUGGCGCGUAGUCGGGGUGGGACGGGCCUGAGCAAACGCUCGGGGGCCCAGUAACCCUACCCGUGCCCCCCGGCCGUCCCCACCCUUCCCCCACCAGCCCAGCGACCGGGUAGGAUGCAGACAUCAGAGCGUGAGGGGAGUGCAUCGGAGGUGAGCCCCAGUGUGGUGCCCGAGGCUCCCCCAGAGGCUCUGCCUGUCCCCACCAAGUCCCCAGCGGCGUUUGAUCUUUUCAACUUGGUUCUGUCCUACAAGAGGCUGGAGGUCUACCUGGAACCCCUGAAGGACGCAGGUGAUGGUGUCCGGUACUUGCUCAGGUGGCAGACGCCCUUGUGCUCCCUGCUGACCUGCCUGGGCCUCAACGUCUUGUUCCUCACUUUGAAUGAGGGCGCUUGGUACUCAGUGGGUGUCCUGGUGAUUUCAGUGCCUGCGCUGCUGGGCUAUCUUCAAGAGGUUUGUCGGGCUCGGUUGCCAGAGUCUGAGCUGAUGCGGAGGAGGUAUCACAGCGUGAGGCAGGAGGAUCUGCAGAGAGUUCGCCUGUCCCGCCCGGAGGCAGUGGCUGAAGUGAAGAGCUUUCUGAUCCAGCUGGAGGCCUUCCUGAGCCGCCUGUGCGGCACCUGCGAGGCUGUCUACCGUGUGCUGCACUGGGAGAACCCCGUCGUGUCCUCACAGUUCUAUGGGGCGCUGCUGGGCACGGUUUGCAUGCUGUAUCUGCUGCCGCUGUGCUGGGUCCUCACCCUCUUAAACAGCACACUUUUUCUGGGGAAUGUGGAGUUCUUCCGAGUGGUGUCUGAGUACCGGGCUUCUCUGCAGCGGUGGCUGAACCCCAAGCAGGAACAGAGUGCCUUUGAGAGCCCACCCCCUCUGGACGCGGUGGGGAAGGGCACUUUGCUCGAUUGCACACCUGUGUCCACACCCACGGAGAGUCUGCCUUCCCAGGACCUCACGCCGGGCAGCGUGGAGGAGGCAGAAGAGGCUGAGCCGGAUGAAGAGUUUAAAGAUGCCAUUGAGGAGACCCACUUGGUGGUGCUGGAGGAUGACGAGUGCGCCCCGUGCCCAGCGGAGGAUGAGCUGGUCCUGCAGGACAACGGCUUCCUGAGCAAGAACGAGGUGCUGCGCAGCAAGGUGUCGCGGCUCACAGAGCGGCUCCGCAAGCGCUACCCCACCAACAACUUCGGGAGCUGUACGGGCUGCUCGGCCACCUUCUCAGUGCUGAAGAAGAGGCGGAACUGCAGUAACUGUGGGAACAGCUUCUGCUCUCGGUGCUGCUCCUUCAAGGUGCCCAAGUCCUUCAUGGGGGCCACAGCCCCAGAAGCCCAGAGGGAGACUGUGUUUGUGUGUGCCUCGUGUAACCAAACCUUGAGCAAGUGAGAAGAAGAGCAGGGGUCCAAGCAGGCUUCGUCCCUGGGGCCUGCCGUGACCCCUCCUCCCCAUCCCUAGCCCCUGUGGCGUGUGCUGGGCAAGUGUGGCCCGAAGCUAUGUAGGCUUUCCCUUCCUGCCCUUGCUGUCCCCAGCCAGGUUCCGAAGCUGCUUGCCAUUCCUGGGGGUGGCUGGGGAUGGCUGCUGUUAAGCCCCAGAGGGGAGGGGCCGCUGCGGGCCUGGCGCAUCACUGCUCUGUCCGGGGCUGUGAAUGAACUCCGGUGGCGCAGGGAACGCGAGCUAGAGGGCUGCGGGGAGCGAGGCUUGCUUGCUGGUGGGGCUUUCUGAGGAUCGGGGCUUCUCUCCAGACCUGGGAAUUCUAGGAGACCAGACAUUGGGAAAAGAAGUUCUUCCCCUGUUGGGCAUUGGAUGCGCCCUUGCCCUCGGAGAACCUGAAGAAGGGCUUAGUUAGGUGUGCCGCACCCCAGCUCUGCCGUUGGAAUGUCCCUCCAGGCACCCGCUCUCAUUUCCCUGCUAGAGGGCAUUGUCAGGGUAGUAAGGCCCAGAAUACUUCUAGAAACGGUUCUUCCCCACCAUCCGCCAGAAGAGAGCACAUAGGGGAGGGCCUGGCAGGGUCCCUCAGUGUUAAGCUCAGCAGGGCCUGGGGCUCCAGCAGCUCUAGCGACGACGCUGGCCACCCUGCCAGGACCUUGAUUCGCUGCAUCUCAGCCGUCCUGCUCUGCUGUCCUCAGCUCCGCCACGUGGAUGCCGGGCACUUGGCCUCUCCUAUGCCCCCACUCAGCCUCAGGCGCGGUCCCCUUUGGCCUUGGGCACCUGGGAAAUGGUGCUUGCUUGCUGGGCUGGGGCCUAGCUUCCAGGGCUGUUCCCUAACAGGACAGGCUCCAUGUGGGGUGUGGCACUUGGCUUCCUCUCCUCUCUCCAGCAAUUUCACACUCACUGUGGACAGUUAGGGACUCAGGCCCUCCCUAAGCCUAGGUGGGCUCACACCUUUCCUUCCCUGCAGCCACCCUGCCUUUUCCAGGUAUUUAUUUAUUUAUUGCAUGGUUCCUUGGAGAGUGUGGUGUGAGGACUGGGAGGUGGGAAGGGCAUGGGUUCUUUCUCCUACCCUGGUACACUUCUCUGGAGUCAUGGGCUGCCUGGGGCCAGAACCCAGAGGGGCAGAUGUUUUUACCCUGAGCAGAGACCCGUGGAGGCGGCUGGAUCACCCUGGGCCAGAUUUCUUGCCAGGCCAACCGGUCUAGCCAGGCAGUGAGGUGCCCAUCCUGGAGAACCAGGCAGGUCUUGGUGUUACGCCUCCCUUGGGCCCCUUUGUCCUGCUAAGAGAUGAGAGCUGAGUAUCUGUGGUUUACUUACACUGGAGAGGAAUGAAAAGGUUUCUGUGUACUUGGCGGAUUGUCAAUAAAGAGGCCUCAAGCUACUUA